CUUGGUAGGCGGAGAAACGGGGCUACAAAUAGGCGCUCUGAUCCUCUUUGUACGCUUAAUACAGACUAAGAGAUCACCGACUGAAAAACAGAAACAAACCCUGGAUUUUACGUUGUACUUUACAGAAAAAUCCACUUAAACCAUGAAUAAGGACACGGAGAUCGACAUGAAAGAAGUGGAGCUCAAUGAGCUGGACCCAGAAAAGCAGCCCAUGACUGGAGAUGGGCAAGCUCCAGGUGGAGAGAAAAACGGCAGCGUAAAGCUGAAGGUUCCUGAUGAUGAGGUUACCUUCACUGGGCUGUCCAAAGAUGAGCUGAUGAAGGUUGCUGGCACUCCAGGAUGGGUGAGGACCCGCUGGGUGCUUCUUGUCCUGUUUUGGUUGGGCUGGGUUGGUAUGCUUGCCGGAGCUAUAGUAAUCAUAGUCCAGGCCCCUCGCUGCAAACCCAUCCCUGAGAUGAGCUGGUGGAAUGAAGGGCCUCUCUACCAGAUCACUGAUGUUAAAGCUUUCUCUGAAGGAUUGAAAGGUGUUGCAGAUAAGCUGGAUGAUCUUAAUCAGCUAAAGGUGAAAGGCCUGGUUAUCGGACCUCUUCACACUGUGCAGGCCAAUGAAAUAACCGGUCUGGACCUUCAGUCAAUCAGCCCGGAUCGUGGAACAGAAGAAGAGCUGCUUGCCGUGUUGGAGAAGGCCCACAAAAAGAGCAUUUCUGUGGUGCUGGACUUGACUCCAAACUACCUCGGAUCUAAUGUAUGGUUUGAUGAUGCUAAAACUGGAGAAAUGAUUGACAGAAUCAAGGCUGCAGCUGAGUACUGGCUGGGAAAGGGUUUCGAUGGCAUCAAGAUACCUGACCUCAUCAUGGCUGCAAGCACACCUGAAUGGCCAAAACUGCAGUUGGCUGUUCAUGCAAAUGUCACCGACAACUCCAAGAAAAGGGCUCUGAUGGGUGUGGUUGAGCAUGUUUCAGCUCAAGUGUUGUCUCAGCUAGUUAAUGUCUCUGGUAUCAGUCUCACCUUGUCUGACCUGCUCAGCAGAGAAAGUGGAGGUAAGGAGCGCAUUAUGGCCAUGGAUACCCUCCACUCUCAGCAGAGAAGUGUGGGCUGGGGUCUUGGUGCCGCCCAAAAGGACCAUCUGUCCAAACAGGCAACGACUACGACCCUGAUUCGUCUCUACCAGCUCCUGCUCUUCACCUUGCCCGGAACCCCAGUGUUUACCUACGGAGAUGAAAUUGGCCUUCAGGGUAACGACACUCCGAAGAUGGUUUGGAAUGUAGAGAAAGAAGCUCCUGAGUCUAACCAGACUGACCAUGCCGACAUAAGGAAGUGGUUCAGAUCCCUCAGUGACCUGCGAGGCAAAGAACGCUCCCUCCUGCACGGUGACUACUACAGUCUCGCCUCCUCGCCCUCCUCCCUGUGUUUCCUCCGUCUGUGGGACCAGAGUGAGAGAUACAUAACAGCUGUCAACUGGGGAAAAGACGGGUCUGAGCCAGUGACACUAAAGCUGACCCCUACAGAUGGAGUAGAGUUGCCGGAAACGGCCAAGGUGAAGCUGUCAAGUACUGAAGACAAGCAGGUGGACUCCAUGAUCAAGCUGAAUGAAAUCACACUUAAAGCUGGAGAAGCAGUCCUUCUGCAGUUCCCCUAUACAGGCUAAAGAUGGAGCCAAAGGAUGGGCAAAGUUACCUACUGAUUCAUUGGGUCUUAGUUUAAAAAUAAAAAAUAAAGGUUCAGGACUGCCUUUAGUAAUGUAUUCAGAAGACAAAUUAGUUUAUUUGACAGAAUGGGAAUUUAUUGGGUCAAAUAAAAUGUGCAGUUUUAAAAACAGAAAAUGUUGGCCGGUGCAAUGAAACCACAACGCAACCUCAGCUCUGCACUACACUGUUAUCUGUAUGCUCUACAGAUGUUUUCAAGACAUUCCGUUCUUUGGGCAUUUUUAUUUUUUAACAUUUGUGCUGGUUUUUUUUUUUUUUUUGGUUUGUAGAAAUCCUAAGAAAUUCUCCCUUUUAGUGACUUUAGUUUUUUUUAUGAACUUUUUUUUUUUUUUUUUUUGUUUCCUCCUCAAAAGUCACACGAGGAAAGAAAUAAAGUUUGUGAUCAAGUCUGUCAAGUGAAAAGGAUUGGAAAAGAAUAAACGAUGCUCUGCA